GACCGUGUAGCGUUCUUUUUCGUUGAUUCAAUAUGGCCGCGACUUUAGCUUGCAUUUUUCCCUUUAUAAAAACAGUUAGAACGAGUAUAUUUGUUAAAUACGCCUAUUUAUUGAUAAGUUUAUUAUCUGUGCUGUCCAGUAGUACAUUAGGAGAUUCCAGAGAUUUUAAAUAUGUUACAUGUGGAAGCGUUUUAAAGCUGCAUAAUCCAAAACAGAAUGUUCGUCUUCAUUCUCAUGAGGUUAAAUAUGGUUCAGGGAGCGGACAACAGUCUGUUACAGGAGUUGAGAGUGCAGAUGAUGGCAACAGUUACUGGGUGGUCAGAGGGAAAACAGAUGCUCCAUGUAAACGAGGGAGUCCAGUUAAGUGUGGCAGCACAUUAAGAUUACAACACUUGGCAACCAAACGCAAUCUUCACAGUCAUCACUUUCAGUCACCGAUCUCUCAUAACCAGGAAGUGAGUGCAUUUGGUGAGAAUGGACAAGGCGAUGAGGGAGAUCACUGGUCUGUUCUUUGUUCAACAAAGUUUUGGGAACGACAGGAUAAAGUCAGAUUCAAACAUUCAGCAACUAAAGUUUAUCUUCAUAUAACUGGAGAUCAGUUUGGCCGACCCAUUAACGGUCAGAGAGAAGUCAGUGGUUAUAGUUAUCCUGAAGCAGCCAAUGAAUGGAAAGCAACGGAGGGAAUUUAUGUGAAACCUGACAACUGAUUGUAACAUUGAUUGAUUCUAUUGCAAACUGCCACCUAGAUGUACACUUAGCAAUGGGAGUGAGCUCGAACAAGAUAGCGAUUUUAUAUAACUUAGUAUCAAUUUGUAGCUUGGACUCGUUAUUUUUGUCAUGGAACAUUGUUAGAAAAGAAACUUCAACAAUAAAGAACUACUAAACCGGUGAUAGUAAA